GAAUGAUAUCACAUCAGAUUCGGCUAGGCUUAUAAGAAUGUAUUCAAACCAACAUUUUCACUUUUUUCCAGCAAACCGUAAUAAAGAGUUUCAACAGUACAGAGUUUCAUGGAAGUGGCUACACAAGCAUGGCGAUAAUUUAUGCCGUAUUCUCUGCGUCUAACCUUAUAGCGCCUUCAGUGAUAGCUGUCAUUGGACCUCAGUUGUCUUUGUUUUUUAGUGGACUUGUUUACAGUGGUUAUAUUGCUGUUUUCAUUCAUCCGUACACCUCCUCAUUCUACACUUUAUCCGUGUUGCUCGGAAUCGCAGCUGCAGUGCUCUGGACGGCCCAGGGGAAUCUGCUCACCAUCAACUCCAAAGAUUCCACCAUUGGAAGAAACAGUGGAAUAUUUUGGGCAUUGAUGCAGUUUAGCUUAUUCUUUGGUAAUCUCUACAUAUUUUUUGCCUGGCGUGGCAAGAGUCACAUAACAAAUAAGGACCGCCAGACGGUUUUCAUCUCACUAACGGUCAUCAGCCUGGUGGGCAGCUUUCUUUUUUUCCUGAUCCAGCGGCCAGACCCUGAACCUGCACCUACUGAUGCCUCUGAGUCACUACUACCAGCAGACAUCUCUGAUAGUAGCUCUGUGGUUCCAUCCCAGAGUCUGUGCUCUCAGGCAUUUGAGGCAUUCAAGAGAUCCAUACAGCUAGCUGUGACCAAAGAGAUGCUUUUACUGAGCAUACCCUUUGCAUACUCUGAAUCAGUCUUCGGAAAAACCCAAUCCAUCACAGCUGCGGUGGCCUUCUUCUACAGCAACUACCUUCUCCUCCACUGGCAGCUGCUCAUCAUGGUGCUGGUGGGCUUCCUGGGCACCAUUACUUUCUUUGUGGUGGAGCGGGGCGUUAUCAGCAGUCGACAGGACUCUGAUUAUGACGGUAUCUGA